AUGGUUCGCCACAAGCUGGAAUCUACCCUGACGGAGCUCGCUGACUGCCUGAAUGCGCUGCAGGAGCGUCUGGACAAUUCUAGCGAGCUUGAGGCCUGCCGUCUUCGAUAUCGCGAUUUGAAGCUCCGCUAUAAUGAAGCCGUAUCGGAGUUCCACGAUCGGAUCUCCACCUUGGAGGCACAGCUGGCUGCCGCUUCCUCGUUUGGCGUGAUCAUUCCGCCCGAUACAGCCCGUCGCAUAGCUGAUCUGGAGUUCCAGCUCGCACGGUCUCAGUCCGAUUUACAAGUAGCGCGCGAUCGACAGUCUGCCCUUGCCUCGGAGCUUCGCGAAUCCACUACGUCCCACAAGACUGCUCAGGCCGAGGUGGCUCGCCUCGAGGCCGCGAUCGAGCACAAGGUCCGUCGCCUCCGUACUCUGCGUGAUAACUACGAGCGUCGCUUGAGGGUGGCCAACACCACGAUCGUAACCCAUACAGCAGAGCUCGGUCGCUUGCACGAUCGGGUAUCGACACUGGAUCCGGACCUCCAGAAGGCUUCUCAGCGUGCUCAGGCGGCAAUCUCUCAGCGUGAUCAAGCCAGGGCGGCGCAUAUCGCUACCCAGGAUCGUGUCUCAGCGGCUCGAGAUAAUAUCGCGCGGCUGGAAAAACGAAUUAACCAAGUCGAGAGGCCACAGAAAUCGCGUCAGGAUCUCGGGUCCGCGCUCGCCAAGCUUCAGCAAGAGAAGGAUGCUCUGGCAGUUCAAAGAGAUGAGUCGUUCGGCCAGCUUGGCGAGCGUUUCAUGGAGGUCACCGAUCUACGGGCUGAACGGCACCAGGCGCAGGAGAGGUUGUCCAACAUUGCGUCCCUUCUCCCUUCUAUGCUGAGCCACAAGCGAGCGCGCUCUGAGUCCGAGUCUCCGGCCCAGUCUACCCGUGUCUCCAAGGCCGCUCGAUCGACUUCAGGUCCCUUCCCGGCUGGCGCUUCGAGUCAUGCCUCUGCGUCUAGACCCCGAUCGAGCUUCUGUCGGCCGUGGCUGCCGGCCGGAAGACUGAAGGGUCGGUGUUAUCUCCUUCAUCCACUGGUCCCCCUGAUCGUCUUCCUCGAUCUGUUCGAUCGACCGCUAAGAGUGGUGGCGGAGGUGUUUCGUCGCUCCCUGUAG